CCUCAGAUUACUCUCUCUCUAUCCCGAUCUCUCACCUUCUCUCUCAGUCUCUCCCUUUGACUCCCAAACCCUCACCGCCGAUCCACCCCUCUCUACCACCAAUCCUCCUCACCAUGGCCGAAGCCGUCACUCUCUCUCACACCAAAUCCAUCCUUCCAGCUUCAACCAGCUCUUUCUUGCUUGGAAAAGCCUCUGGAUUCUUCGAUUCUUUCAUGAACUCCAAAAUCUCACCCUCCAAAGCCAAAUCCCCCACUUCACACACCUCCUCACGAACCCAGUCAGCUUGUGAAACCCCAAAAAACCACCAACACAGCUCUUCUUCACCGCCACUUAACUCGAAGACACGAGCUGUGUCUGUACCUGUAUGGUUUUCCUUCUCUUCCUUCUUCUUCUUGAAUCGGUAACAAAGACAACGGAAGGCAAGGAAAGAGACUGGGGCCGAGAGUUUGGCGAGACUAGGAGGUGAGAGCAUGGUUCAGGCAUUUCGUUGAACACCUUGAGGGAAGCAAGUAAAAGGUUAAGGCAGAGAAAGUUGAGGGUGCAUCGGGUAGACUGAUCUAUUGGCUAUUCUGGUGUGGAUGGGACCCUAUACCCUUUUGUUUCAUUAAUUGAAUUUUGUUAAUUGGAUGAUUGUUUGGUAGACCCACUUUUUUUUCAAAUUAUUAUUUUGGUUUACAUGCUAAAUUUAUGGCUGUAGAAAAAUUAUGAGCUAAGAUUGUGGUCCUCUGCUUUUUUUGUUUUGUGAAUGCUUUUAUCUGGGUUUUGGAUUUUGUUUAUGAAAAUUGGACGAUAAUUUGUUUUUUAAGGUUAGUAACUUAGGUAAGCAUAAUUUGUUUUGAGGUUGAAAUUAUAUCUUGCGGGUGUUCUUUUUCUUGAUGAUUAGUUUUUUGUAUAGUCAUUUAUGUUAAUUCCCCCCCCCCCCCCCCUUUCUUUGCCGUUUAUAUGUUUGAUUCAAUUGUUCUUUUUUUUGAGCAAAUUCGUAAGCUUGAAAAGCUUUAUGGUGGAAAGGUUUAUAUGGGGCUUCGAAUUCCAGAUGCUGACAUGGGUUCACGACAGAAUAUCGACAUGGUUCUUGUUAACAAAGGGGAGGCAGUGGUGAUAUCAGUUAAGAAUAUAUUAGGAUUUGCAUCGAUGAAUUCGGAUGGCAGCUGGGUUUGUGAAGGCGGCAGUAAGCACAAACGCAGAACGAUUUCCCGAUCCUCAGAAUCAUCACCACCAACUAGAUCGAGAUUUUCAGCAUAUAAAAUUGAAUGGCGAACUUGGUAUUGUGGCGGCUCCAAUCCUUUUGGAGAGAAACAUGGGGUGCGGGUGCGGGUGUGGCCUCAACUAUGUCAGUCCUUGCUGCUUCAAUGGCCUUCACCUCUAAGUACCUAAGCAGCACUCCUAUUAGGUGAUCUCCAGCCAAUAAGUUCAUGUUCAUGGCGGAGCAACAGCAACUUGUUCAUGACUUCAGAAUUGUUUGCAUGGGAUUGGGCUCUCGUUUGAAUCCAAAGCUUAUUUUGCUAAGGAGUGGACCAGUACAUGCAUUACUCCCUCAGUACAUGAAGAUCAAGCACGUCAAUUAUCACAAAAAAGCAAUGGUGGCAAGAUGCACACAGAUCAUCAGUCCAAACACUGAAGAUGCCAAAUAUGUUAUAAAUUUUUGUUAUCCUGGAAAGUAUGCUGUUGCUCUGGGUGACACAGUUUCCCCAACUGACAUUGAAGAAGGCAUGCGUGUGGGCAGUAAGGCACAAAGCUCGGAAAGCUAUCCCAAUUCUGAAACCCAAGUAUUUGAUUCUAAUAGCUUAAAAAUUGGCUCCAUGGGUUCAGAAGAAACCCCAAAACCCCAUGCAGUUUUUCUCCCAUACCCAUCACAAGGCCAUGUAACACCCAUGAUGCGACUAGCCAAGCUCGUUCACUCAAGGGGCUUUCAUAUAACCUUUGUUAACACUGAGUUCAACCACAGACGCUUAAUCAGGUCCAAAGGACUUGACUACGUAAAGGGCCUGCCUGAUUUCCGGUUUGAAACAAUACCAGAAGGUUUGCCACCGUCCGAUCGUGAUGCAACCCAAGAUAUCCCAGCGCUAUGUGAUUCCGUAAGAAAGAAUUGUUUGGCCCCGUUUAAAGAGCUAGUGCUUAAGCUCAACUCAUCCGAGUCUGAAGUGCCUUUGGUUACUUGCAUAAUCUCUGAUGGCUUCAUGAGUUUUGCUAUUAAAGCUGGUGAGGAAUUAGGCAUCCCGGAGGUUCAAUUUUGGACUGCCUCUGCUUGUGGCUUCUUGGGAUAUCUCUACUUCCCUGAACUUAUCAAAAGAGGCGUUAUUCCAUUUAAAGAUGAAAGCUUUAAAUAUGAUGGCACUCUUGAGACACCAAUCAAUUGGAUACCAGGAAUGAAAAACAUCAGGCUUAUGGACCUCCCUAGUUUCAUUAGAACCACUGACAUCAAUGAAAUAUUGUUCGACUAUUCGGGAUCAGAAACACGAAAUUGCUUGAAUUCUUCGGCAAUCAUCUUCAACACAUUUGAUGAGUUAGAGCAUGAUGUCAUAGAAGAAAUUACAGCGAAAUUUCCUCACAUUUACAAUAUAGGUCCACUUUCCUUGCUAGAACAGCAUUUACCAGAGAACCAAUUCAUGUCUAUAAGUUCAAGCUUAUGGAAAGAAGACUCAAAAUGCCUCCAAUGGCUUGAUAAAAGGGAACCCAACUCAGUUGUGUACAUAAAUUAUGGAAGCAUGACCAUAAUCACAAAACAACAGUUUGAUGAAUUUGCAUGGGGGCUUGCAAAUAGCAAGCACACUUUUUUGUGGAUAGUUAGGCCUGAUGUGGUAAUGGGAGAUUCAAUAAUUUUGCCUGAAGAAUUUUUUGAGGAGACUAAGGAUAGGGGAUUGCUAACAACUUGGUGCCCCCAAGAGAAAGUGCUAGCGCACCCAUCUAUAGGGGUUUACCUAACACAUUGUGGUUGGAAUUCGAUGUUAGAAAGUGUAUGUGCUGGUGUGCCUAUUAUUUGCUGGCCUUUCUUUGCUGAGCAACAAACAAAUUGUCGGUAUGCAUGUACCACUUGGGAGAUUGGUGUGGAGGUUAACGAGGAUGUUAAACGUGAUGAGAUUGAAGCACUUGUUAAGGAAAUGAUGGAAGGGGAAAAGGGGAAGGCCGCAAGGCAAAAGGCUAGCGAAUGGAAGAAAAAAGCAAUGGAAGCAACUAAUAUUGAAGGAUCAUCAUACAAGAAUUUUGAAAGAUUAAUUAAGGAGGCUCUCCUCAUUGGUGAGUAAAUGGUAAAACUAUCCUGUGAAUAUUUUAGGCUAUUGUAUUUACAUCUAUAAUAAUGUCAUCCUGUCAUGUUUUUCA